AUGAGCUCAACGACGGCAUUUGUUGGCUUGGGACUGCGACUUAGAGCUGUCGGCAGAUGGCCUCUGGAUAGGCUUUUGGUUUGGGGAAUCAAGCUUCUUGCAAGUCUUCGAACAUACUUCCGUCCACAGAUUAUAUACAAGCCGCUUGGGGCCAAUGAACUCCGCGUACUUGCCAUCUAUCCUCCCCUUACGAAUCGUCUCGAUGAGCCAGUGCACUGCUCUCUGCACCAUGUCGCCCUCGAACAUACACCCGAGUACAAGAACUGGGAGAAGCAGUCAGACCCAAACCUACAUCUCUACAAGAAAACACGAGCGUGGGUCAAAUAUGUUGAAGCCCGGAAAGCCGAGGGUGAUCCCUAUUUCAAGAAGAAUGGAGCGAUGCGGCAUAAUUGGGGAGACUACGUGACUCUGUCUUACUCAUGGGGACUUGGAAUACAAGAUCACCGGGUUAUCAUUGACGGACAGUUCGUUGCAGUCACUGAGAGUCUUUACCUUGCAAUGCAGACAAUUCGACAAGGCGGGUUGCACGUCAAAAGUCCGACUCACCCCAAAUUCCGACUUUGGGUCGACGCGAUCUGUAUCGACCAGCAGAAUGCUUCCGAGCAGGGCCGUGAAGUUCGCCGCAUGAAAAUGAUAUAUGGUGAUUCCAUUGGGGGCUUCGUCCACCUUGGGUCAGCAUCGGAUGACAGCGAUUUGGCUAUGAAUAGCAUCAACUCAAUCGCUCAGAGUCUGAGGACGGGUUACGAUUGUUCCAAAUGGCUUGUCGAUAUCAGUUCGGAGGCCGAGACUUCGUGGGCAACGCCAUCUAUCAAAGCUAUUAUGAAAUUACUCAGUAGGCGCUAUUGGUCUCGGAUGUGGAUCAUCCAAGAGCUGGCCAUGGGACAAGAUCAGAUGGUCCUGUGUGGCGAUUCUUGUUCCACUCUCAUAGACAUCCGACAAAUUCUCCGACUGUUUGUGCUGAACCUAGAACAGGUGGUGGCAAUCAUCGGAUAUGAAGAUUACAUCGAGAACACAGACAGCUUUCAAUGUGCCUUGGCUCUACUGUGGUGGAUCGGGAGAGUUAGGGAACUGGUCACACAGUCAAAUGAUAGUGGGCGCGUAAACUACAGGGACCUUCGUUCGCCAGUACUCGGCCUAACUCAAUAUGCAUCAGCAACAGAUCCUCGCGACAAGAUCUACGGGAUGAUGGGAAUUCUGCCUGGAGCGUUGGCUUCCAAGAUUGAUAAGAAGAGCAUGAAUUAUGAGUUGAGCACAAGAGAGGUUUUUCUUGGCUUCUCCAGAGCGGUCAUAGAAACAACGGGGGAUCUCGAUAUCAUAUACACCUCCCACUUACAGCAAGCAACGAGGUCAGAUAUGGGGCUGCCGAGCUGGGCCACUGACUGGACUCUUAAAAACUGCCGCACUGCCAGUAUCGAUAAUUCAAUGGAAUGGUACUUUGGACUAGAAGACGGCGAAGACAAGCUUCCGGCUGCUACCACCUCGAUGACGGGCAAUGUUGGUCAAUUGAGUCGCGCAGACGGUGGUAGAAUCGCAAACAUAACCUUUUCUGAUGAUGGAGAGUUGUUAUAUUGCGAGGGCUUCUGCAUUGCAACAAUCGAUGGUCAUGCUUCGGAACUCGUUGCAGCACAGUCCGAAACGCCUGCAAUGUCUGCUUCUCCCGACCUCGUCGUGCAACCCACGGCACAGGACAUUUGCCCGUACGGCGGUUCCAGUGGAAUUAUGGAGGCUUUGGUACGAACCCUGUUGCUCGAUCCGAUAGGAGUUGCAUCCUCAAAAUGCCCCAUAUUUCAGAUACCUUGGGGUGGAGCUGAAGCCGAUUCCGACGCGGAGACUGGCGAGUGCACAUUUGGUGAUGAAAGCAUUGCCUAUUUCGCCAACCUACGCGAAAAUGGCUGGAAUACUACAAAAUUUGGAGGCAGUUUCAUUAGUUUCGAAUUUUUGCGUCGAAGACUUGGGCUCUUCCAGAUUGGGGGCCGCGUUUUCAAAGAAUAUUUCCCUCGGACAGUUUCACAUGCACCGCCGGAAGACAUCGAUUGCACCUCAAUUAAAGAUAUCGUUUCCAAUGCCAUCUGCCGAAGAUUAAUCACAACCAAGAGUGGCCAUGUUGGCAUGGCGCCUGCGACAGUGGUGCCUGGAGAUUCUGUAUACAUCUUACUCGGAUGCGCGUUCCCGGUCAUUCUGCGGCCUGGAAAGAUCACCGGGCAGUAUAAAGUAGUUGGCGAAUGUUAUGUCGACGGGUUCAUGAAGGGAGAAGCAAUACAGGGGCUUGAUUCUGGAGAGUUCCAGCUUCAGCAGAUAACGUUGUGCUAG